CCUACAUACGUAUUUUGGAAGUACUAGAUUCUUCUCUCUCGAAAUACCCCCUCCCCCAGCACCCCUUACACAGUCUGGGGGGGUGGAGUCGUUUGUGUCUGGGUCCAGGGGGUGGAGUCAUCCCGCCCCCGUAACGCCUCUUACUGCCACGUGGUGUCGCUGUUCCAGGCUGGCGGUCCAGGGUCCCUCUGCCUCCUGGGCGCAGCUCCCAGGACGGUGACCUCUACCUUAUAGAGCGCGGCGGGCAGCUAUCUGCGACCUCUGUGCCUCACUGAGCCUCCCAGGGCCACCCCACCGUCUCCUGGAGACCCCUCUCUUGGGGUCUCGGGAUCACAGACUGUAGGCAGCCCCCCUUCCUCACCUGACUGUCUAUGCAAGUAGGAUUUCCUUUCCUCCUCCCCCAGCCUUUAUUCCGAAACAUUUUAAACUUGCAGAAAGUUAGAAAGCGUGGAAACGAUGCAGACUGAGACUCCCCAGUUGUUAGCAUGCUUGUGGUUCCGUCUGGAAGCAUAACAGUUGUGAUGACGCCUUUCUUGUGGGUAAGGGGCCCCUUCUGCCCUUCUGCAAGGUCACUGCCCAAACGGACUGAGCCUGUUGUCGGGCCCUGGGAGGUGUCGUGCCGCAAGCUUUCAGGAUAAAGGAGGAGGAAGGAGAGAGCACGCAGACGGCACCUGCAGGCCACCUCCCUGCGCGCAUCCAGUCUCCACGCCCUCUGCACGUCCCUUGGGAAUCUCUCUCCGGGCCUUUCUGACGACGCGGGGCUGGGCUGCGCGGGCCAUGUGCCUCCUUACCGCACGCGACCCAAGGUGCUGGCUGCCCUCUCUCCCUCCUUUCCAGAUUCCUCAUGCUCUUUCCCGGUUCUUCAAGCUCAGCGGACGCCCCCACUUCCUACCUGCGGGUCCUCAUUACCGUCCCUGCUACGUCGUCAGCGGCUUUCUUCUCUCCUGGACCGGACAGUGCCCCUCACCUCGAAAGCACGCCGUUCCAGCGUCUCCCUCUCUCCGCUCCCUGGCGUCCGUGGGCCCCGCGCGGCUCCUUGCGCCCCUCACCGCAGACUGUAAUCUGGACCGUGUUGUCGGUCUGCACUUUGGGGCUCCCUCUAGCUCCUUGCCAUGCUCCAGUUGGCUUUCCCACCCUCACUGCCGCUGGAGCUGCUCCCGAGGUCACGGGGAUGUCCCUGCCAGGUCCGAGGGUGGGUCCUGUCCCAUCUCUCCUUUCCUCUCCGCACCUUUGUUCCUAAACCGUUCCUUGAAACACCGUCUCCUCGUCGUCUGGCUUCGGCGACGUCUUCCAGCGUUUGAAGGUGCCUGUUCGUCUCCUGGCUCGUUGGGGGUGCGUCCCUGGCCCCGGGGGAGUCUCCUCUCUGGCUGUGUUGGCUCUCCAGGACACCUCAAGCGGCCCAUGGCCGCAUCUAGUGCUCGUACAGUGAGGGCGCCUGAAUUUACAGGGACUUCUCCCCACAGCCCUAAAUUGCCUCCACACCACCUCCAACUCAAGGUCUGGUCGGCACCUUACCUUACAGUAUCUGACCCCGAGCCUUCCAUUCCCACCCCUGGAUCAUGUCCUGUUCCUUCUCCGUGGCUCAGCCACGCCACCAGCCGCCGGCUGCUCAGGCCGGAGAUCUGGGACCUGGACUCGAUGCCCCUGUUCCGUUCCCACCUGAGGCUUCGGCUGUCUGUUGUGCGGAACAGACUCACCCAACACUUAGUAGCUUAAAGCACAGCAACGUCUCAUCGUCUCUUGAGUUCUGUGCGUUGACUGGGUUCGGCUGGGGGUCCGCUAACGCCGUGUGGCAGAUGAGGCCUGGCACCCAGAGGGUCAGGUGGGCUGGAAUCUCCAGGAUGGCUGGCACUCACCUUCCUGGCUGCUGGUUGGCACUGGCUUUCGGCUGGGAGCUUGGCGGAGGCCGACAGCUGCAUGGUGGCCCCCUGUGCACCUUGGCUCCUCGACGGGAGGGCAAGAGUGUGGCGAAGAAUGUACGAGCCAUUUCUGAUCCAGCUUGGCCUUCUUUGCGGUCACAAAUUAAGUACAUCCGUCUCAAAAGCAAAACUGUUUCAUCGUGUUUUAUUAUGACAUCAGACUCAGGCUCAGGGUCCAGGUGUGGGUGGGGGUCUCGGCUGCGGCUCCUCGGGAUCAGCGAGCCAUAGAGACGGUACUUGUAUGGAACCCACGACGACCUCCAUUCAUUUUCUCACGGUUCUUUGGGUCGACUGGGCUCGGCGGCCGCUUCCUCCGCUUCUGUGGCGUUGGCGGGGUCCCCGUCCUCCGAGGGCUCCCCGCGUGGCUGGUAGUUGGUGCUGGCUGUUGGCUGGGGGCUCGGCGAGGGCUGCCGGUCAGAUCCCUGGUUGUCCGCAUGGCCGCUCCAUCGCGACUGGGCUUCUCGAGUCAUGGUGGCUGGAGUCCAAGUGGCCGCGUUCCGAGAGCUGAAGUGAAAGCUGAAGAGCCUAGGGCCAACCUGGGCAUUUCUUUGGUGUCACACCUGUCACAUUUUGUUGGUCAAAGAAUGGAGUCAGCCCGGAUUCAAAGGGGAAGGAAAAGACCCCACAUCUGGCAGCAGCAGAGACAGCAGAGCAUCUGGAGAUAACACUAACGUUUUUACCACAUCCACCUGCCGCCCGGACCCAGGUCGCCACCGUCGCUCGUGUAGGCGUGGCAAUGCUCUCCUGUUUGCCCCGCCCCUUCCUGCCAUCUCGCCUAGUCCUCACGCAGCGCGCGCACCUGGGAUGGGCCAGGCCCUGCUGAGACCCGGUGGGCUUCCUCGAGGCUGAGGGUCGGCUCCACAUCUGCCCCCCCCCCCCCACCUCACUCCAGGAUGCCUGGUUUUCCAGGCCACCCUCCUCUCCUGGUGGGGACGGAAGAGCAAAGACCGCUUAAAGCCCCUGCCUGUCGCGUGGCCAAGCCCAGUGCUGAUGGCACGGAGAAGACGUGUGUUUUGAGCCCCGGGAGGCAGGGAGGACGAGAAGCAUGUGAACACAUACUCCGUCGGGCCACAGACCCGCCUUGACAUUGUGCCGGCCGUCAGCACUAGCUUAACAGCCUAGGACAUGUCUGCAUAUCCCUCUGGCUAUGUACAGCUUCCUUUUUGAUGCCUUGAUCUCUGCUGCUUCUUCUUUUAAUGUUUAUUCAUUUUUUUUAACGUUUUUUUUAAUUUGU